AUGGAAAAUAACAAAAUUAUAAAAUUGAAAAACAACUUAAAUACUUUUGAAAUGUUUAUGAAUCAGUAUAUUGUAAAGUAUAAAAAUAGUAAAGUUUGUUACUUGUGUAAAAAUAAGAUAAAAAAUAAUCAUAUAGAAAAAAUGGAAAACAUCUGCCCAAAAAUGUGGAAGUAUUUUCAUGGUAUAAUUAAUCAACCACAAUGUCCCUUACAAAGUUUUGGAAAGGUAUUAAAAGUAAAAGAUUUAAGGUUUGAAGAAUUAGAAAUAUAUAAGGAUAGUUUACAAAGGAAAUAA